AUGACGAACCCCAUUACGGUGCAAAAUUAUCAACUCGGAGACUCACUCGGCAAAGGAGCGUUUGGGCAAGUGUACCGCGCACUUAAUUGGACGACGGGAGAGACGGUUGCUGUCAAGCAAAUUCUUCUGAGCGAUGUCCCAAAAUCGGAACUUGGAGAGUUGAUGUCAGAGAUCAACCUUCUCAAAAUCCUCGAUCAUCCCAACAUUGUGAAAUAUAAGGGAUACGUGAAAACUCGUGAUUGCUUAUACAUUAUUCUCGAGUAUUGCGAGAACGGUUCUCUACAUAACAUUUGCAAAAGAUUCGGCAAAUUUCCAGAAAAUCUUGUGGCUGUCUACAUUGCUCAAGUACUUGAUGGCCUGGUGUAUCUUCACGAACAGGGUGUUAUUCAUCGAGACAUCAAAGGAGCCAACAUCCUUACGAAUAAAGAUGGGACAGUUAAAUUGGCAGACUUUGGUGUGGCGACAACUCCCACCGGCGCCAUAAAUGACGCGGCAGUGGUUGGUUCGCCUUAUUGGAUGGCUCCCGAGGUCAUCGAGCAGUCUGGCGCGACCACAGCUUCGGAUAUUUGGAGCGUCGGAUGUGUCGUUAUUGAACUGCUGGAAGGCCAUCCACCGUACCAUUUUCUCGAUCCUAUGCCUGCGCUGUUUCGAAUCGUGCAAGAUGAUUGCCCACCUAUACCCGAGGGCGCCUCUCCGGUUGUAAAGGAUUUCCUAUACCAAUGCUUCCAAAAAGACUGUAACCUGAGAAUAUCAGCGAAAAAGCUGCUGAAGCACCCAUGGAUGACAUCGGUGCGCAAGCAAAUGAAAACGGAGAGUGUUCCUGGUCAACGACCACUUUCCAAUUAUGACGAAGCUGUCCGAGAGGUCCAGCAGUGGAAUGAAGCAUUGAAGUGUGCGUCUGUCAAACACAUUAAUUCAUUCCUCCCUGAACUUGUUCUUAGCACCCUCUCGUCCACGGCACGACAGCAAUCUCGAACAAGGUCCCGAACAGUCGUUGAUGUUGGGAACACUUCGCCCACUCCUGGUCCAACGGACCCCUUUGCGAACAACUGGCGUAUGGGAUUUAUCCCUCCGGCUCCCCUUCCCGGUCCAUCGGUGUUUUCCCCGAGAGCAGCACCACCACGGCCCAUUGAGACCAAGGGGGGAAAGGGUGUACCCCCAAUUGGCGUCACAAGCCCUUUGGGAGCCGGGAUCAGUGGGGUAUCGUUGAUGGACCAAAUGAAGUUGAGAGAACUCGAGAGGGAAUUGGAGAACAAAGCGUUACGGAACGCUGCAGAGGAGGACACAGACAAUUGGGACGAUGACUUUGAGGGUGGAAUUUCGUUCACUAAGUUACAUGCGUUGGACAAGUCCACAGACUCGAAUGGCACCUCGGGUCGCACAAAAUCAGAAAGCGAAGAAAAUGGCCAGACGAUUCGUCCAACUCGAAGCCCCACUGGGAAAUCUACCUCUCUCCAAAGUCCAGCUCCGAUGUCUACCAUCAUCGAGGAUUAUUCCGACCUUGGUGUGGAAGACGAAGACAUGCAGAUCGAACGCAAGGUAGCAAGCUUCAAGAUGAAGAAUGGAUCUCGCCGAGGAUUGUUCCAUCCAGAUGAUAUACCACGAAUGACCCGCCCAACGGCCCCUUUCUGGACAAUUUUCCCGCCUGAUCCAUCCCCUAUCACUCCUCCGCCCAAUCUGCUCCCGUUCUCGGCGGACAACAUCGAACUGCGUCGCAAUCCCAUCCUGCUGGAUCAUUUGGACGAUGAAGAUGAGGAUUACGAAGAUGUAUUUGGGAAACCUGGUAGCAAUGGUAGGUUCUUCAGCGUGGUCCCGGGUUCCAGUAAAUUGAGAGACAUCUUAGCACCCGAGGUUCAAAUGCAUACUUUGCAAUUGAACACACGACUCUCCAAACGGUCAUGGCUGGGAGACGAGAAUUCCGAUGAAGAGGAUCCAUUUGCCGAGAUCGACGAGGGCUUUGACGAACACGACCUGGAAACUAAUUUGAACCGUGACCGACAUGCCCGGUUAACGGCAUCGGUCAACAACUUGAUUGACAAGCUAGAGCCCAAUGCUCCAGACUAUCAGCAACGGAGGCGCCAACUCGUGUCUUCGCAUGGUAUGCUCACUAUUCUCGAGGUUUUGGAGUCGAAACCGUCUCGGGAUGUGAUCAUUCGGUUGUUAAAGAUCAUUAAUUUAUUGGUCACGAGUGAUUUUGGAUUCCUGGAGAGCUUUUGUUUGAUUGGCGGGAUUCCAGUAGUUAUGUCAUUUACCACCAAAAAGUACUCGACCGAGUGUCGGAUCGAAGCCUCCAAUUUCAUUCGGGUACUAUGCCAGACAUCUGUGCUGACGCUGCAGAUGUUCAUUUCGUGUCGUGGGUUAAAAGUACUGGUCGAUCUAUUGGAUGAAGACUAUUCGAAUCAGACUAACCUCGUCGCUCAUGCCCUAAAUGGAAUUGGGAGUGUGUUCGAACUUCAGGGACCUACACCAAAGAAUGACUUUUGUCGCAUGUUCAUUCGUGAAGGCCUCUUGGAUCCGUUGUCUUCUGCCUUGCUCAACGUGAUCGCUAGUCAUGGCGAAGUGGCUGAUGAGAUGAAGACCAAGAUUCUCAUUAUUCUUCUCGUAUUCUGCCAGGUUUCUCAUUCUGACGGGACCGUACGAAAUGCCCUUGGCGCCCGAAAGAUCAUUCGCCGCUUGUUGCGGGCUUGCGAAUUGUUAGAGCCAGAACACUUGGCAGUCAUAUUAAAGGCAGUGAAACAUCUGUCUAUGAACCCCACGCUGCUUGAUGCGCUUCAGAAUGCGAACGCCAUUGAAAUCUUGGUUCGCAUCCUGGAUGAACACAGCACGGGACCACAUAGUGCGGAAAUCGCAAACCAUAUAUUCCAGACUUGCUUCAAUCUCUGCCGUUUGAACAAAGGACGACAGGAAGAAGCCGCCCAAGCUGGAAUCAUCCCGAACCUCGUUAGGAUUGCCGAGACUGACUCGCCUCUCAAACAAUUUGCAUUGCCUAUUCUGUGCGAUUUGCUAGUGCAGGGAAAAGCUGUCGCACAUAUCUGUGGCAGCAAAAUGGGCUUGAGCUAUACCUACGCCUACUCUCUGAUCCUUAUUUCCAGGCUGCAAGACGAAACUUCGCGUGUUGAGGACUUCCUCAUCCAGGCAGAUUCACUUGAAGCAUUGCUCAAAUGCUUCACGAAUUCGAAAGCUAACUCGUUUGAAGGACUUCUUGACCCUUUCUUGAAAAUCUGUCGUCUAUCGCAAAGCAUUACCCUCGGCAUCUCAAGCAAAUCCCAGUUCUUCCGCCGCAUCACCGAUCGUAUUGGACAUGGCAAACCCGUCGCGCGACUCAAUCUACUACGUAUACUCCGUGCAGUAUUCGAUGUACACCCGGACCGACCUGGACUUGUAAGGCGAUAUGGCCUCUUAGAGAUUGUUGAGAGGCUUAGCAAAAACGACGGUGCUGUUCUUGUGCGCGAACUAGCACGCGAAUAUUACCAUCGCUUCAAACCCCAGAACCACCACUCGCAUUGA